GCCGAUCAGUAGCCACACUAGAUCAGGGGCUGGGUGCUUUAGAGAUGACACCAUCGCUGCUGAUAGUUUUUUUGCCGGCCCGCCUUCGGAGCCGGAUAACAAAGGCCCAUCCUCCUGGUCCUGGGUGAAUAUCUACUUCCUAUCCUUUCUCUUCCGUCCGCUUUUUAUUCUUCAAUUGCUCUCCGGAUCUCUCCUCUCAUCUCAAAUCCGUAAACAUGGCAAACCCUCCACAUGGCGGAGAACUGAAAGAUCUCCUUGCACGAGACCAACCGCGACAUGCACAGCUCGCUGCAGAGGCCGAGAAGCUUCCAGCCAUCGUCCUGACUGAGAGACAGCUCUGCGACUUGGAAUUGCUGCUGAGUGGUGGAUUCUCUCCCCUUGAAGGAUUCAUGAGCCAGAAGGAUUACGAUGGCGUCGUUGAGAACAAUCGCUUGGCAGAUGGCAACCUCUUCUCUAUGCCAAUUACCCUUGACAUCUCGAAGGCACAUAUUGAGGAUAUCGGUGUGAAGGUUGGAGGCAGAGUCACUCUUCGGGAUUUCCGUGAUGACCGAAACCUGGCCAUUAUCACUGUGGAGGAUAUUUACCAGCCGGACAAGAAGAAGGAAGCUAAGGAGGUUUUUGGCGGAGAUGAGGAACACCCAGCUGUGAAGUAUCUCUUCAAUACAGCUCGGGAGUACUAUAUCGGAGGAAAGUUGGAUGCAAUUAACCGAUUGGAGCAUUAUGAUUAUGUCGCACUCAGAUAUACUCCUGCCGAGCUCCGACUUCACUUUGACAAGCUCGGGUGGUCAAAGGUCGUUGCCUUCCAGACCCGAAAUCCCAUGCACCGAGCCCACCGAGAGUUGACUGUUCGUGCUGCUCGUGCCCGCCAGGCCAAUGUCCUCAUCCACCCUGUUGUCGGUCUUACAAAGCCUGGAGAUAUCGACCAUUUCACCCGAGUCCGUGUGUACCAAGCACUUCUCCCGAGAUACCCCAAUGGCAUGGCUGUUCUCGGCCUCCUGCCUCUGGCAAUGCGAAUGGGCGGUCCUCGUGAAGCUAUCUGGCACGCCAUUAUCCGCAAAAACUUCGGUGCAACCCAUUUCAUCGUUGGCCGUGAUCACGCAGGCCCAGGAAAGAAUAGCAAAGGCGAGGAGUUCUACGGUCCAUACGAUGCACAACACGCAGUUGAGAAGUACAAAUCUGAGCUUGGUAUCGAAGUCGUCCCCUUCCAGAUGAUGACAUACCUCCCAGACAGUGACGAGUAUCGCCCUAAGGAUGAGGUCCCAGCUGGUGUCCGCACUCUUGAUAUCUCCGGUACUGAACUUCGCAGCCGUCUCCGAAACGGUCGUGAGAUCCCCGAAUGGUUCUCGUAUCCAGAGGUCGUUCGUGUCUUGAGAGAAUCUCACCCGCCCCGUUCUGCUCAAGGUUUCACUGUAUUUCUUACCGGCUACCAGAACAGCGGAAAGGAUGCUAUUGCUCGAGCUCUUCACGUCACGUUGAACCAGCAAGGUGGCCGAUCCGUCUCUCUCCUCCUCGGCGAGACAGUUCGUGCAGAGCUCUCUUCUGAACUCGGCUUCAGCCGCGCUGAUCGAACCCGCAACAUUGGCCGUAUCGCCUUCGUUGCCUCCGAACUCACCCGAGCUCGUGCAGCAGUCAUUGCCGCUCCGAUUGCUCCUUAUGAAGACGCCAGACAACACGCAAGAGAGAUAGUUGAGAAAUACGGUGAUUUCUAUCUCGUCCACGUCGCCACUUCCCUCGAGCACGCUGAACGCACCGACAAGAGAGGUAUAUACGCCAAGGCUAGAAACGGAGAGAUUAAGGGCUUCACUGGUGUCGAUGAUCCCUAUGAGAUUCCCAGAAAGGCCGACUUGACAGUUGAUAUCGAGAAGACUAGCGUCCGAAGUGCUGUUCAUCAGAUCGUUCUCAUGCUGGAAUCUCAAGGCCUUCUCGAUCGUUUGUGAUUUCUUUACAUUUUGCCUUUUUCUGGUAUGAAAGAACCUUUGGGAGAUGGACUGGCGUUAUUGAAAAGUUUAGAUUGUGUGGCAUGGUGGCAUUUCCAAGCUUUCUGCAUUCUCGUUGCGUGCAUGAUGAGACAUAGACAGAUGCAUGGUCAUAAAAUAGUUCACGUCUUACGAUUGAAGGACCCCUAGCCCCCAGCGCCUGAGAAUUGAACAAGGAUGCCAUACUCCUGCGAGUAUGCAUUUCUGCUAUACGCCUGGUGGUCAUGCGUUGUAGUUGAUCUUUUACAUAAUGGACGUACGUGCUUGAAACUAAAC